AUGGCGAAAAUUUUCAGUUCAAGCUUUAUAUUAUUAUUCUAUGUGCUACUUUUAGUAAACACAUCAGAACAACAACAGCUAAUUAACUCAACAACAACAGCAACAUGUAAUUCUCAACUAACACCAUGUUCAUCGAAUCUUGACUGCGAUUGUUUUUCAUUAGCAUCCAAUCCAAAUACAGGAAUAUGUGCUUCAACUAUUUGCUCCUUAUAUAUAACAAGCACAACUAAAUCUACAACAAAGAUUACAACAGCAACUCAAAAGACGACGACUACCACUAAAAAAUUGACAACAACAACAGCUACUCAGAAGCCUACAACUACCACAAAAAUAUCGACAACAACAUCAACAGGAUGGUUUUCUACUGGCAAUAUGGCAAAUGCACGAGGGUUUCAUACAGCAUCUGUAUUAUCAAAUGGAAAAGUAUUAGUUACUGGUCGAUGGAAUGGUAAUAUUACUUAUAAUAGUGCUGAGCUUGAAAAAAUUAUCAUGAGUUCAAGUGGUUUAAUUGAACGACAAGCAAUUGGGCGUUCUGGAAACAUAGGUUCACUGUACGAUAUUCGUACAGAUCAAUUCGUAAUGGGAAACUUAUUUAAUGACGUAUUACCAGACGCAUUUAUAAAACGUAGCGAUUGUGCUAAUGUAAGCUAUUGGCUUGAUUUUCAUAGUUCACAAAAAGAAACAUUCGAUAAUUUAAAUAUUGAAGCUAAUUUAAAAUUAGCUUUAAUGGCAGGAUUACUAAAAAUCGAAGGAUCAGCAAAAUAUUUAAAACAAACAAAAACAAAUAGUCAUACUGUUCGAGCUACGUUUAUAUAUAAAGCAAAAACAAAACAAGAAGAUCUACAAGUAUCAACGAAAGGUCUACAUGAAUAUUUUUCUUCACAUGCAUUUGACAAUCCCGAUGUAACACAUGUCGUUAUUGGAAUUAUAUGGGGAGCCAAUGUAGCUGCUACAUUUGAACGAAUAGUGGAAAAAAAUGAUGAUGUAAAACGAAUUGAAGGUACAUUGGCAGCAACUCUUGCAAACCCUGCAUUUAGUAUUAGUGGGGAAGCAAAUUUAAAAUAUAAUAAUGAACAAAAGGCCGACCUUGAAUCAUUAAGAAUAAGCUUUUCUGGUGAUGUAUUAAUUGAGAAUUGUCCACGCACUAUUGAUGGAGUCAUGGAAGUUUAUCAAAAUGUUCCAUCAAUGAUCAAAUCAUUGAAUGAUGGGAAAGGACAGCAACUCACAUUUAUUCUAUGUUCUUUAAAACAAAUUGCAGAAAUGACUAAAUUUGAACGAAAAAUUACUAGAAUGGUAAAAGAAGUAUCGAUACAAAUUGUUAAUCGAAUUGAGAAUAUUUUUGAACAAAUGAAUGAUGAACAAAGAAAAUUAAAUGAUUUUUUAGAUGAGAUUAAUCCAUGGAAAGAAUUUCUUCCUCGUCAAUGGUAUGACUUAGUCAAAAAGAAAUUAUCAGAUUUUAAUGAAGAAGAAUUAAAAUUAAAACGUGAUUUAUCAAGUUUAUUAGUUGAUAUUCGCAGUGAUUCAGCUGAAGAAUCAAAAAUGAUCGAACUUAUUGAUAAUUUCAGUAAACAUCCAUGUUCACCUGAAUCAGUUGAAAACUUUUUGGAUGAAAACGAAAAAAUAAAAACGAAAAUAAAAACAUUAAAAAGAAUUAGUCCGGAUAAAAAAGAAUUAUUAACAAACAUUACUUCAAUUGAAGAUUUUCUACAAGAUUUUUAUGAUAAUGAUGUUCAUUUAUUACAUAUAUGUGAAAAAUGGCAAGAGGAAGAUGAAGAAAAUUCAUUAAAACAAAUGAGAUAUUUUAUUAGUAUAAAGAAAAAUGAACAAGACACGGAAAAUAAUAAAGAUAAAUUUAGGGUUAUUGAUUAUGAUUUACAUCCACGUUUAAAAAACAAACCAAUUAAUUCUGUUAUUUAUUAUGCAACAAGAGCAACAAUAAAAUCAAAAGAUUUCUACAAAGAAUCACUGAGCAAACUUUCGCGAAAACAAAUUGAUCUAAUUUUGAACGAGAAUUCCAUGUUGGAAGAAGACCGUGUUAAAGACUGGCACAAACAAUUUGUGAAUGAUUAUCCUGAUGGUGAACUGGAUGAAGAACAUUUCAUAUGUGAAUUAAGAAAACUUUUUCCAAAAGGUGAUCCGACAAAAUUUUGUGAUUUUGUAUUUCAAGUGAUUGAUAAGGACAAAAGCGGUAAAAUAAACUUUAUGGAGUUUAUGACUGUCGUUGCUAUUACACAUCCAGGCGAUUUAAUAAAGCGACUUCAUCUGGUAUUUUCUGUUUGUGAUUAUGAUUGUUCUGGAAACAUUGGUAUUAGAAAAAUCAUUAGGUUUAUUGAAGUUGUAGCAGAACUCAAUAAUGGUCCAUCAGCAAUCAAUAAAGGUGAAGCCAAAUGCGUUGCUGAACAAAUUAUGAAAAUCUGUAGCAAAAAUAAAGACGAUAUGGUGAUAGAGGAAGAAUUUAUCAACUGUUGCAAAAGAAAUUCAAAGAUCGCUAAGGCUUUUUUACCAGAUGUUGAAAUAACAGAAAAAAACAAAACAAAAUUUAACAAAUUCAAACAAAAUGGAAUUAUUUGUGCGGGGGGAAAUGGACUUGGAAAUCAAUUAAAUCAACUCUAUCAUCCUAUGGGGAUUUUUAUUGAUCAUGACAACAAUAUUUUCAUUACUGAUUGUUGGAACGAUCGUAUUGUUGAAUGGAAAUAUCAUUCGAACAAAGGACAAAUCGUUGCUGGUGGAAAUGGUCAAGGAGACAGAAAUGAUCAAUUGAAUCGUCCAAGAGAUGCUCUUUUUGAUAAACAAAAUAAUUCUUUCAUCAUUUCUGAUUUCAUGAACAGACGAGUAAUCCGAUGUUUUCGUGAAAAUGAAAGAGAAGAACAAAUUCUCAUUUCUGAUAUUUUGUGUUUUGGUCUGUCAAUGGACAAAAAUGGAUUUAUGUAUGUUUCUGAUAUGGAGAGAGGUGAAGUGAGACGAUGGAAAGAAGGAGAUGAAAGAGGAACAAUUGUCGCAGGUGGAAAUGGAAUAGGAGAUCAACUCAAUCAACUUAAUACUCCUUCUUUUAACUUUGUUGAUGAAGAUGAUUCUCUUUAUGUAUCAGAUAAACAUAAUCAUCGUGUGAUGAAAUGGAAAAAAAAUGCAAAGGAAGGAAUUGUUGUUGCUGGCGGAAAUGGUCAAGGAAAUAGUCUCAAACAAUUGUCUCUUCCACAAGGGGUGAUUGUUGAUCAUUUGGGUCGAAUCUAUGUAGCAGAUCUUUACAAUCAUCGAGUGGUGCGUUGGUGUGAAGGAAAUGCAGAAGGUGAAAUUGUUGUUGGGGGAAAUGGAGAAGGAGAAAAUUUAAAUCAGUUGGCUGCUCCCAGAGAUUUAUCAUUUGAUGACGAAGAGAAUCUUUAUGUUGCAGAUCAGGUGAAUCAUCGAAUAUUAAAAUAUGAAAAAUGUCCUGAUUAA